GGGAGAGAACAUCCUCCGCGGUGCCAGUCCACCUGAACGCGGUCGGGAGCGAGCCAUGCCGUCGAGCGCAGCGCCAGAGCUAACGGCGUCGACCCAUCGCCAGUCGGCGUCGGGACGUCCUCGCGAGGCCUAGCCCCCCUCCGGUGCUGGUCGAGGGGCAUGCUGUGGCCCGGGAAGGCUGGCGGCCGCGGCGCGCGCACCCUGGAUGUCCCAUUAUGAAUUGUGUGACCUGGCGCUGGGGCAUCAGGGGAUGAUGCCCCUCGAAGCUCCCACAGGUCACGCGAACCAAGACUGAUCUUCGCCUCUCGGACCACGUGCACAAAAGACACCCGUGGCACCUCCCACCGAACGCAGGGGAGGUGACUCGAAGACUCGGUUGCCCAACAUAACAUCGUUCGCACGACACGAGUCAGUGGCGCGGACUCGCCGUGACAGGCGAGACACCUUCGUCCCUCUUCCCUUGCUGACGCUGACGGACUCGCCUUGAGAAAUGAGGUAGGUUAGGAAAUGUUGGCAUCACUGACUAUUUUAGAAGGCUGGUCGCGCCUGCCAAGUGUUACAGUUUUGAGCACGUGCGCUGACAAGUGUUUUCAACGCGCGUCCGAGCGGGGCCGGGCAUGAUUUAGGUUGGCGUUGAAAAUGUUUCAUUCCUUUAGUUAUGAGGUCCUUGAGUGAGAUGUGACGUGAUUGAGGGUUUGAGUAGUGGUGUGCGUGGCAUGGACGUGUUUUGAGUGGCUGCUGAGUGUAAUCAGUGGGCUCACCACGAAGGUGAACCACAGGACGAGGGCCGUACUCCCUGACGCGGCCCACCGCAAGCCACCGUCAUGCUGGACAUAUUCCGCGGGUUGAAGAACUUGAUCAAGGUCAGCCACAUUCACAUCGACUCACCGGUGUUCCGCCUGCACUACAGCGUCACUGUGCUCAUCCUGAUCGCGUUUAGCCUGAUUGUGACGACGCGCCAAUACGUUGGGAACCCCAUCGAUUGUAUCCACACCAAGGACAUCCCCGAGGACGUUCUCAACACCUUCUGCUGGAUCCACUCCACCUACACCAUGAAGUCGGCCUUCAAGAAGAAGGUGGGGGUGGAGGUGCCCUACCUGGGCGUCGACAACUCCAAGGGCCAGCUGGGGGACCGCAAGUGCUACAAGUACUACCAGUGGGUGUGCUUUUGCCUCUUCUUUCAGGCCAUCCUGUUCUACACGCCACGCUGGCUGUGGAAGAACUGGGAGGGCGGGAAGAUACAGGCGCUCAUGAUGGACCUCGACGUGGGCAUCUGCUCUGAGGUGGAGAAGAAGCAGAAGAAGAAGCUGCUGCUCGACUACCUGUGGGAUAACCUCAAGUACCACAACUGGUGGGCGUACCGCUACUACCUGUGCGAGCUGUUGGCACUCGCCAACGUCGUGGGCCAGAUGUUCCUGAUGAACCGCUUCUUCGACGGCGAGUUCCUGACCUUUGGAAUCGAUGUGAUCUCGUUCAUGGAGGAUGAUGACGAGAAUCGUGUGGACCCCAUGAUCUACAUCUUCCCGCGCAUGACCAAAUGCACUUUCUACAAGUACGGCGUCUCGGGCGAGGUGGAGCGCCACGACGCCGUAUGCAUCCUGCCGCUGAACGUCGUCAACGAGAAGAUCUACGUGUUCCUGUGGUUCUGGUUCCUUGUGCUGUUUGUGCUGACGGCGGGCUGCGUCGCGUACCGUGCCGUCAUCAUCCUCAGCCCACGCAUCCGGGUCUACCUGCUACGCAUCCGCUUCCGCCUCAUCCGCAGGGAUGCAGUCGAGGUGAUCGUGUGCAAGUCCAAGAUGGGUGACUUUCUGCUCAUCUACAUGCUGGGCGAGAAUGUGGACUCGCUCAUUUUCCGGGACGUGAUGCACGAGUUGGCCGCCAGGCUGGGCCACCGGCAUCACUUGCACAUGCACCCGCCCAGCCUGGGUGGCGGCAAGGAGAUCCAGGAGGCGUAGCUCCAUCCAGCCUGGGCGGCGACAAGGAGAUCCAAGAGGCAUAGUCCCGCCUAGCCUGGGUGGUGACAAGGAGAUCCAGGUGGCGUAGUCCCGCCCAGCCUGGGCGGCGACAAGGAGAUUCCGGUGGCGUAGUCCCACCUAGCCUGGGCGGCAACAAGGAGAUCCAGGUGGCGUAGUCCCGCCCAGCCUGGGUGGUGACAAGGAUAUCCAGGUGGCGUAGUCCCGCCCAGCCUGGGUGGUGACAAGGAGAUCCAGGUGGCGUAGUCCCGCCCAGCCUGGGCGGCGACAAGGAGAUUCCGGUGGCGUAGUCCCACCUAGCCUGGGCGGCAACAAGGAGAUCCAGGUGGCGUAGUCCCGCCCAGCCUGGGCGGUGACAAGGAGAUCCAGGAGGCAAGUUGUAGCUUACAGGAGGAAAGACAAGCGAAUGCAUAAUAGAGAAGCGAAGAUGCCGUGUCCAGUAGUAGAGAAGGGAGAGGAAGAUGUUUUAAAGGGAUGGGUCGCAGCGAGUGCCUUCUUGGUAAAGGAUAAUGAAGUAGGCUGCGAUAAGUAUGAAGUGUAGAACUUUGUAGAGGAGAAACAAAGUUGCAUUUCACGGUGGAUGAUGAGGAGUGAAAGGCUAAGAAGUGUAAGGGGAAAUCUUGGUGGGUGAUUUAAAUGCAUAGAGUGCGUAAAAAGACAAACUAAGGUAGAUAAAUUGCAUCUUAGCGAAAAUGAGGUGGAGUGGUAAUGAAGUUUAAAGAGAAAAGAAGAUGAUACGUUUAGAAGAAAGUCAAUAAUGAGCCCAGAGAAGAAACAGCAGUUAAGUGCCUUGUGAUAAGUUGAAGGUAGAGAAAUUUUGUCCAUUGAAAAGAGGCAUAUAGUUCUGACUGAAUUGUGUAGGGGUAAAAUGUUGAGCAGGACAUUGGUUGCAUGAACUGGAAUUAGCUGUGAUUCAUACACACUGCCGAACCCAAUUGGAAGUAAUACAGGCGACACUGGCUCCACGGGGCAUAACAUUCCCUGACUAAGCACGCUGUGAGGGAACAUGUCGCCGUCUUCGAAUAAAAACCUCCAGGAAUCACGGUCUUCGACUGAAGGCUAAUUUCAGUGAUAUAUUAAAUAUAAUAUUUUAAAGAUUUAAGAUACUUAAUGAUUACUGGUUAAGAAAUUCUUAGAUUCUUGUUGCAUGAAAAUGCAGCUUAGUAUAUAUGACUUCGUUUUUGGUAGGCAAGCAUUUAUACAAUACGCUUGUUAUAUUUGACUUCGUGCCAAGUUAUAUAAAUGUUUUAUAUACUGAUUUGAAUUUUCCAAUAAUUGUUCACCGUGUUGUACUUCAAAAUAUAUUUGUUUUUAUGUCAUGUCAUCAGAGCAUUGAAUAUAUGUAUUUAUUCCAAAAUGGGUAUAACACACAUAAAUACGUUGAAAUACAUUGAUUAUGAUGAUUUUUUAUUUAUAUUCUUAUGUAGAUACAACUUUAAACUAGUACCCAUUAUCAAACUUCUCUUCUGUUCCCAGAAACUUAAAAUAUCUUUACCACGAUAUUCUGUCUCUUCUCUCCUUUUCAUUCGCCAAAAUAGCUCCAUAAUUGCACACUUCAUUCCAAAUAAUUCGUACUGAAUUCAUUAAACUGAAUCCAUGAGUCAUACAAAGAAACAAUUUAAAUACAGGAAUGCAGUUUCAGUUACGACAGAAGGAACGUGCAAAUACGAAGCAUGAACUUAUGUUACACGGCCCUACCACUUUUCUUAUAGGUAAUGAAUUUUACUCCAAACGUAUUCCUACAGAAUAUUUAUCUCCAACGGUUUCUCGUUUUGAAGGCCCUGAGUAAGGGUUGUAAUGAAAUAAGAAUUUUUUUGUCUUAAAAAUAUUUGAUUGUUUAGUGCUGAAGAGCCUUAUAGCAACGAAGAACCCUCUGAAUUAAUAAAAUAGUGAAAUUUUUAGGAAGUUAACAUAGUGAGUAUUUCAAUUAUUUUAAUACUAUUUACUUAGUUUAAGGUAUUUAUUUCCGGGUAAGACAUUUGUUGGACAAAGAGUAGCCUUACGUUUACUAUGCACCUAAAAUUCUAAAGUUACAAUGCAUUGAUUUCAGGGAGCUAAAAAAAUUAAGUUUUAGUUGUUGAAUAUGCUAAACCUGUAUACCCUAAACGGUUUCCUAGAUAACAUUACCGCACCCAAACCCUUAGACAUGACACGGUCAGUCCUUUAAUUUUAGGGUACGAAUUUUGUUGUCCUAUCUUUGACCAAUCUGUUGCCCAAAAUUCUGCGCAUACGCAUAUAUCAUUUUGUUUGGUGAUUUAUUUUAUAUGGCGGACCCGUGUCUGACGCCAUUAGCUCGUAUAUAUUCUCCUUCGUGAACAUCGGGAGACGUACAAGCGUGUUGGUGUACCAAAUGAAACUUUAUGAUAGCGAAACUAUCCUAUACACUUAUUGCAAGCUCGGAGGAUAUGUUCUGGAUGUUAAGUCGUUGAGAGGGCGCCACCGAAUGAGAAGGGCAUACUGACCCAGGCCGAGACUCCUCCCAGUGGGGGACGCCUCCCGUGUGUGGACGAGAUUCAACCCUCCUUGCCAACCUGAAAUUACACAGACCUGGCCCGCUCUCGGAGUCUGGCACGCCUGCACAGGUGGUCGAUGAAGCUGGCUCUUCAGGCGACCAGCACGCCUUAGACUUACUGCUGGGCGACACAUGGCCAGAGAACAACACGGUUUCCCAAGCACGUAUACAGUUCCACACUUGGUUAUUACGCGCCCUCGUGCACCCCGUGGCACGUACCGGUAGGCGUAUAAGUAAGAUGCAGUCCACCCUCGUGGACAAUCAGAGAUUGUCGUAGGUCAUACCGACCGAGGCAAGCCCCGAUGACAUGCGGAGAGCGUUUGGGAAUUGUUGAGUCGAGAAGACAGAAGUAAUGAUCAGUGAUGCAAUAAGACUAAGUCUCACCUCGGCCGGCGGUGAUGAGAGACUGACCGGUAAGAACGGGCCCUCCUAGGUAUCUGCGCCGAACAAGUGAAACAGUUAUAUUGGUUUUAAAUCGUGCCACAGGUUGUUCGAAAGGAAAACAUUAAAAAAAAAAACUCGUGCAAAAUAUGGGCACGUCUUUCCACGCCCUGGUUACUUAAAUAAAAACAUUAAACUAAAUUUCAGCAUUCAAAUUGUCCCGGCUUCGGCCACACUCGGGUCCGCUUCGGGAGCGUUCGGCACCGACUUUGUUCAAGUUAUAUCGAUUACUGAAAACAUAUAUAAAAAUAAUACGUUUCGUCAGUUUGCUGAAUAUAUACAAUAUGGGAUCAAAAGAAAAAUAUAAAGGGUUACAAUACGUUUCAUCGCACUGAGGGCACUCCUCCCUAUUGCGGUGGUUCGUGUCGCACCGUUCAAACACUCGCACGUCAACACACAGCUGCGUUGCAGUGCCGGGUGUGGGGGGAGAAGGAAGUUGAGUCGUACCAAGCUCAUGGGGCGAAGUCCCGGUCGACGUCACACUUGUACAUUAUGUACACUUUAAUGUUUACAACAAGAAAUAAUUGCAAGCUAAAAAGUACUCGAGGUUAAUUAGAAUAACAGCUUUGAAUUCCAUAGUUUCUUCUAUGUUACCGCCUUAUCUCCACAGCAGAGUUUGUAAAUUACAAGGUACACUGAAACAAGAGUGCGCUUAAUAGCAAGUUAAAAACACGACAGCGACGAACUUUUUUCCGAGCUUUAUAUGAGAUAUAAUUGCAUCAUGAACACGAGAGAUAUAGAUCAUGUAAAAUAAAUUAAAUAUAUUGUGUUUGAUUAAUAGCUAUAGUAAUGCAUAUCUCAGUCCAACGUGUAGCCUGAUUGUUACUUCUAAAUAUAUAUAACUCAAAGGUUACUGACUGACUGACAUCGUGAUCUAUCAACGCACAGCCCAAACCACUGGACGGAUCGGGAUGAAAUUUGGCAUGCAGGUAGAUGUUAUGACGUAGGCAUCCGCUAAGAAAGGAUUUUGAUUAAUUCUACCCCCAAGGGGAUAAAAUACCACUCACUGACUCACUCAUCACGAUAUCUCUAAAACUAUACACCCGAUUGACUUGAAAUUUAGCAUAGUUACUCACUUUGUGAUGUAGACGCUCACUAAGAACGGAUUCUGCGGAAAUCCGAUCCCAAGGGGAGUUUCGGGGGCGUAGUAUAUCAAAAUUUCCAGUUUUUGGUAGGAAAUCACCAUGGCAACGGCUGUUGCUUUGUUGAUGCUUCAUUCGUCUCUAUGGCAACGACUAUUUCAUUGUUAGUGCAGUCCUCAUCACCGUUGAUAUUUUGGCGGGUACUUUAAAUAUCUAAAAUUGCCCUUUUUUCAAGUCUUAUAUAUAUUUUACAGACUUGAAACUUCACAGUAAUGUACCUUUUGUUACGCAGGAUGACAUUUUCCGAAAAUUAGAUCCCAUGGGUGGUUAAAACCAGGCAACAGUGGGUACUUUGUCUGCAUGAGAACAGGAUUUUGCAUUGUUCAUGCCUUCUGCGUCUCCAUGGCAACGGGCAUCGCGCGGCAGUGGCGUACCCACAAGGAGGGGCAUGUAUAAUGAGCGGCGCAAGAGUGAUCUGCCUGUAGACUGCCGUAGCGAAGUACGGGUACAUCAGUUGUACGUUGCGUGCACGAGUCGGGAAACCAUCGGUGCUAUUCAUUUUCUCUCCGGUACAUUAUACAGCAUUGUAAUGAAUUUUCACUGAUUUUUUUAAAUUUACCAUUACUGUAAAUGGGAGAUGUGGCUUAAUUUUUUUCCAUUAGUAUAGCGGUGCGAAGCCGGGUCGGGCAGCUAGUUGCACAUAAAAUUGAAAGCUACAGUGCACUGAUUUCAAACAGGGAGUCUAAAUAACCACCAGAUUGAUACUAUGGACUUUAGGGAUGACUUAUUGAAUUUUAACGAACUCGGUCUUGUCUGAAGCAUGACUGAACUCUAUGAAGAACUUAAUUCCCAACGCAGCCAUCUUUCACUCUUCGGUGAUAAUUUGACAUUGCGUUCUCGUCGAUAUCAGUAAUAGUUUCAUAAAUGUUGAACUUGGCAUGGAUCUCGACAUAUCUAAAACCUCAAAAUGUCAUCAUUAAAAUUAUCUGAAAAUUUCAUAUACUGGUUAUAAACAUUUGUAGAACUUUUCAAAACAACCCCAUUCGUUUAAUUGAACUAAAACUUUUUUUAAAAAUAUGAAUGAUAACCAAAUCACAAAUUUUGUGUUGGCCUUAUGAUCAAAAUCGACGCAUUUGGCCUUGAAGAUGUGACAUUCGGCAUGUAAGCUCGAGUAGUGUUCCUUCACAUGCCUCCCUCAACAUGUGGAACCAAAUUAUAUAACAAUAUCGCCAUGUCUGCACGUAGCGCAGCUCCAGUUUCAAACAGUGAAUUCUAACUUUGGAGAUAAGCUCGUUCCAUUUGUUAUUUUAAUCACAGUGAUGCACAGUAACUUAACAUAAUUGUGGUUUGCCUACUGCAGCAGACAGUGAUGUUUUUAAUAGUAGUGGUAGCUCUCAUAACUCACACAGAAAAAUAAAAAUAAAAA